UUCAAUAGAAAACCUUAAUCGCGUCCGAUACAAAAAAAAGUAAAAGCAGCAAUCGUUUUUGUGCUUUCAGCGAAGUGUCUCAAACAAUCGGAAACGAGCAGCACUGAAUAAAAGUGAUCAAAACAGAUCAAAACAAUCGAAAAUGGCCAUUAAACGACGAAAUAACGGUGUUUUAAAGCUUCUAAUUGUGUUCCUAUUCCUGACGAACACAGAAGCUGAUAAUUUAUUUUCCUUUUCCUACCAAGAUGAGGUCGAACUUGAGGAUAUUUGUUACAAUUUUAAUGAAAAUCGUGUUCACGUCGAGUCUCCUAAUUUCCGUGUUGCCAGACCUCAACGUUCCCCAAGCGAUCCAACGAAACAAUCCGAAGUCAUGUGGGAGUGGAACUUACCGGAUGCGCAACCUUCCAACGGGAUCGAAACACACGGUAUGAAAGGACAAAAUUUAACGGUUUUCGUGACCAAAAAUGGAUCUUACUCGUUUAAUCUGGUGGCGUCCAAAAACAAAAAGUCACUUCUAAAGAUGAUUGUUGAUUUGCAAGUUUCUGGUGUAAGGACUGAGAUCAAUGGGACGAACCGAGCUCCCAGAGCCAAUGCCGGUAGGGAUCAGGUUCUUUUUGCGCCGGUCAGUGCGGUCGUUUUGGAUGGUAGUCUUUCAACGGAUGAUUACGGUAUCGCCGGUUACCAGUGGAAAUGGGAUCCUGGCAGCCAAGCCAUGGGAACCGUGGUCGAUGGAAGCGACAGACGGUCGAAAAUGUUGAUAACAAACAUCGUCCCUGGCAAAUACAAAUUUCAACUAUCGGUCACCGAUAACCAAAAUCUCACCGACAUCGAUGAGGUUUCGGUCAUUGUGUGCCCCGAUCCACACCAGAUGGCUUUGGUUGAAAUAACCUUGAACAUGACACCCUCCACGCUAUCCAAGUCAAAACUGGAGAGGUUUCAAGAAUUGUUGACCAAACAAUUCGAUGAAAACCAAGUUUUACGAGUACAUAUCCGAGAACCUAAACAGAAAACACGUGAUGGAAAACAAAUUGCGAUUCAGUUUUACGUUGAAACAAUUGAGAGCGACGGGUCCUCCAGUGCGAUGUCGGCACCAAAAGUUGAGCGUUUUCUCAAGCGGAAACUGUCCAAAAAUAAGUCAUUCCUAGGGGCACCGGUAGUCGGUAUACGGAGCGUGAUUUGUCAGAACACGUGUUCCGGACAUGGUAUAUGCGAUGUCAAAACGCGGCUCUGUACCUGUGAAAUCCUUUGGUUGCCCAAUCUAUCGUACAGGCUGGGACUCGCCGAAUCAAAUUGUGCAUAUUCAAUAUUUUAUGUAACAUUGAUCAUUUUCCUAUUGCUUUGUGUGCUAUUUGGAAUAUGUGGUGGCGCGGCACAGUGGUUUCUACAUAAGUCAUAUAGCAGGAAUCCACAACGUGUUCGAAAAGGUCAACGCAAUUUUCCGGAGGUAGAAAACUAUGAACAAUCGCCGGGAACUUCACGCAUGCACCCAACAAUUAUGAGUAGAAGAUGGUUUGAUAAUACAUAGAACAAGAAACGUGCUUUAAAAAAAAUUGUCAGCAUACGGUGAUUUUUGAAUUCCUUCGGUUAAAUUUGCUUAUCACAUUAACUUGUAUACA